AGGCGCUUCUCCCUCCGCGUUGUUCUCCGGCCUGCUGGCCCUUUUCUCGUGCGCGAUGGCGUCGCGAGACCUUGUUAGGCCGGCGCUGCCUCCGCAUUUGGCCUGCUCCGCCGCCGAGGCAGACCCCGACGGAGACCUCGGCCAGGUUGCAGGGCCAGCAUUACCUCCAGGCUAUAAAAGUAACCAAGAAAGACAUGGGUGUGACAAGGAAUGCACCUCUUCUCACGUACCCAAAGAAAUGGUUUGGGAUUCUGAAGAUGACGAAGAUUCAAGUCCCAUACCCAGAAAGCAGAAGAGAGAUCAGGAAGAAGACGAUGAUGGAUUCUUUGGGCCUGCUCUUCCUCCUGGGUUUAAAAAACAAGAUGUAUCUCCAGAAAGGCCCAUUAUAGGUCCAGCUUUACCACCUGGCUUUAAGAAGCUAUCAGAAGAUGCUGAAGAAAACAGUCAUUACACAUCUCAGGCUACGGAUAGUAGUGAAGAGGAUGAAACCAUGAUUGGCCCAGUACCUGCCGAAGGGCCAAUAGAAUCCAGCACAGCUGCAGAGAUUGAACAUCGAGCUCAGAGAAUGAAAGAGAAACUUCUUGGUCAAGAUGAUGAUGGGUCCAAACAAGUUAAAAGAGAGUCUUGGAUGACCGAUCUUCCACCAGAACUCAAAAGCUUUGGACUUGGUCCACGAGCGUUCAAAAGAAGAGCUGAUGAUAAAUCAGGCGAUAGAUCGGUUUGGACUGAUACUCCAGCUGAUAGAGAAAAGAGAGCAAAAGAACCGAAAGAUGCCAAAAAAUCCAUCAGUAAGGAUGAUGCAGAAAUUCUCCUGUCAGAGAGAGACAAGAGGUUGGUUGAGCAGUUGUCCACCUACAAUGACUCGCAGCGAUCUGAAUCUCUUAUGGACAUGCACCAGAAAAAAAUAAAGAGCAAAGUUGGUGAUGAGAAAAAUAAACCCCAGGAGAGAAGGCCAUUUGACCGUGACCAGGAUCUUCAAGUGCAUCGGUUUGAUGAAGCACAAAAGAGAGCUCUCAUAAAGAAAUCUAGAGACUUGAACACUAGAUUUUCCCAUGGCAAAUGCAAUAUGUUCCUGUAAUUUAAGCAUGUGAUUUUAUUGAAGCAUAGUUGAUUUCUGUUAAACAUCAAGUAGUGCUAUAUAAUAAAACACCUUUGUAUAUACAUGUAUGAAAAAUAAAUUUCCUUUAAAUCAGAA